GGUCGGAGUCGCGAGUCCACCACAACCGGAGGAGCACCGGCCACCACACCCGACACACACGCGGCAGAGAGAGAGAGAGAGAGAGAGAGAGAGAGAGAGAUCGGAGGGGAUCGCCGAGGUAGUAAGUAGAUCGGCCGGAGAGGAGGGAGAAGGCAGAUGAUACUCGCCGUGCUCUUCGCCAACUCCGAAGGCAACAUCCUCAUCGAGAGGUUCCAUGGCGUCCCCCCGGAGGAGCGGCUGCACUGGCGCUCCUUCCUCGUCAAGCUCGGCGCCGAGAACCUCAAGGGAGCCAAGUCCGAGGAGCUCCUCGUCGCCUCCCACAAGUCGGUCUCCAUUGUGUAUACCAUGAUCGGAGACGUCUGCCUGUACAUUGUUGGCAAGGAUGAAUAUGAUGAGCUUGCUCUGUCGGAGGUGAUCUUCGCUGUUACGUCGGCGGUGAAGGAUGUGUGUGCGAAACCACCCACCGAGCGCCUCUUCCUCGACAAGUACGGGAGGAUCUGCCUGUGCCUCGAUGAGAUCGUUUGGCAGGGGUUGCUGGAGAACACGGAGAAGGACAGGGUCCGGAGGCUCAUCAGGCUGAAGCCGCCCGUGGAGCCAUGAUUUUUUCCAGUUGAGGGAUGGAUCUUUCCUGUGUUUGUAUCGCUUUUUUUUAGAGCCUUGACGAUAACUCUGUCCAUGACUGUGCUGUGUACUACAACAAGUUGAUGGGAAUGUGAUUUGGUGUAUGGUUUCAAUUUCA